UCACACACCACAGCAGGCGGUGCUGAGCAGCUUUGUGGCUCGUGAAGUAGUUUGGUGCUGGAAGUGUGACAGGGCCAUUUCGAGCAGACCAGGAGCAACGACAUGGCACUAAACUUGACUUUCAACAGCAGCAACCCACCUCUAGGGGCGCUGUUGACUGCUGAACAUGUGAAGGGCAGCGUCAAUCUCUCUGUGGAGGAGGGCAAAGACACCUUGCUCCAUGUCUCUGAUCAGGUGCAGUUCAGCGACGUGAACUCCAUCACUCGAUAUCUUGCCCGAGUGGCUCCAGCUUUGGGACUGUACGGCUCUAACAUGAUGGAGCAAACUGAGGUUGAUCACUGGCUAGAGUUCAGUGCCCGUCGUCUUUGUGGUCAGUCGGAUCUCUCUUCUGCUCUGGCUGAUCUGGAUAAAGCUCUGGCUUUGAGAACUUUCCUGGUUGGUCACAGUGUGACUCUGGCUGACCUCUGCAUCUGGGCUGCUCUCAAAGGAAAUGGCGAGUCACAGGCCAAGCCAAACUCCCACCCGCAUCUGUGUCGCUGGUUUUCGUUCUUGAGCUCUCAGGUGCCAUUCAGUUCUGUGGGUAGUAAAUGGGCCAGCAAGGUGUCCACCAGCAAAGCUGCUUCUGUAGAGAAAGAUAAAAAGCAGGAUGUGGGAAAGUUUGUGGAGCUCCCCGGUGCUGAGAUUGGCAAAGUAGUGGUGCGCUUUCCUCCUGAGGCUAGUGGAUACCUGCACAUUGGUCAUGCCAAGGCAGCUCUACUCAACCAGCAUUAUCAGGUCACUUUCAAGGGCAAGCUGAUCAUGCGUUUUGAUGAUACCAACCCCGAGAAGGAGAAAGAGGACUUUGAGAAAGUCAUCUUGGAGGACGUAGCCAUGUUGCAGAUCAAACCAGAUCAGUUCACCUACACAAGCGAUCACUUCCCCACUAUCCUGCGCAUGGGAGAGAAACUGGUACAGGAGGGCAAGGCCUACAUAGAUGACACUCCACCGGACCUCAUGAAACAAGAGAGAGAGCAAAGGGCUGAGUCUCGCAACCGCAACAACUCUGUGGAGAAGAACAUGCAGAUGUGGGAGGAGAUGAAGAAAGGCACAGAGUUUGGCCAGACCUGCUGCAUGAGGGCGAAGAUUGACAUGAAUUCUAACAACGGAUGCUUGCGAGACCCUGCGCUUUUCAGAUGCAAGAACGCUGCUCAUCCUCGCACCGGCACCACUUAUAAAGUGUACCCCACAUAUGACUUUGCGUGCCCCAUUGUGGACAGUAUUGAGGGGGUGACGCACGCCUUGCGUACCACCGAGUAUCACGACAGAGACGAGCAGUUCUACUGGGUAAUAGAGGCCCUCGGUCUCCGUAAACCCUACAUCUGGGAGUAUGCCAGGCUCAAUCUGAACAAUACUGUACUCUCCAAGAGGAAACUCACUUGGUUUGUCGACAAGGGCUAUGUGGACGGCUGGGAUGACCCCCGUUUCCCCACAGUCAGAGGAGUCCUGCGGAGAGGAAUGACUGUCGAUGGACUCAAGCAAUUCAUUGCAGCUCAGGGAGGUUCCAGAUCUGUAGUCAAUAUGGAGUGGGACAAAAUCUGGGCAUUCAACAAGAAGGUCAUUGAUCCAGUAGCCCCAAGAUUCACCGCCCUGCUAAGCUCACAGGUGAUUCCAGUCUGUGUUUCUGAUGCUAAGGAGACGAUGAAAGAGGUUCCCAAACAUCCAAAGAAUGCAGAUGUGGGACUGAAGCAGGUGUGGUAUGGACCGAAGGUGUUUAUCGAGGGCGCUGAUGCUGAAACUUUUACUGAGGGCGAGAUUGUCACCUUUAUCAACUGGGGAAACAUCAUCAUCACCAAAAUCCAUCGGGACAGCAGUGGGGCCAUCUCGUCUCUGGACGGCCGUCUGAACCUGGAGAACACCGAUUAUAAAAAGACCACCAAGAUCACCUGGCUCGCUGAAUCCAGCCGUGCCUCCUUCGUGCCUGCUGUGUGUGUCAACUACCAGCACCUCAUUACUAAACCAGUCCUGGGCAAGGAUGACGAUUUCAAGGAUUACAUCAACAAGAACAGCAAGGUAGAGGAAAAAAUGAUAGGAGACCCCUGCCUGAAAGACUUGAAGAAAGGAGACAUCAUACAGCUGCAAAGACGGGGUUUCUAUAUCUGUGAUCAGCCUUACGAGCCAAUAAGCCCUCACAGCUGCAGGGAGAGUCCCUGUGUCCUGCUUUACAUCCCAGAUGGACACACGAAAGAGAUGCCCACUGCUGGCUCCAAAGACAAGAGCAAGAGUCAGACAACCAAACCUGUGAAAGCUGAACCUGCUCCUCCAAGCAAAGCGAAGUCCGCUUCUGCCUCCAGCACCACACCAUCCGCUCCUGGAGAUGCUUCUGCUGUAUUGUCCAGCAUCGUGGCUCAGGGAGACACAGUUCGACAGCUCAAGACAGACAAGGCUCCUAAAGAGCAAGUGGAUGCCGCUGUAAAGCAGCUCUUGGCAUUGAAGUCGGAGUUCAAACUGCUGACCGGACAGGAGUACAAACCUGGCAUGACCCUGCCUGCUUCUGCCCCAGUGCAGAAAAGUUCUGCCCCGACUGUUUCGGCAGCUCCUGCCUCCACUGGAUGUCCGUUCACGCGUGUUUCUGAGCAGGGCGAGCUGGUGCGAAAACUGAAGGCUGAAAAAGCACCCAAGGAGCAAAUAGAUGCCGCAGUGAAACAGCUCCUGGCAUUUAAAGCUGAGUUUAAACAGCUCACUGGUCAAGACUACAAACCAGGCAUGGCUCCUCCCACAGCAUCUCCCCCAAAGCCUGCCCCUUCAUCUGACUCCUCCCCUGCUGGCAUUUAUGAGCGUGUGUCUGAACAGGGGGAGCUGGUCAGAAAACUAAAAGCAGAGAAAGCACCAAAAGACCAGGUUGAUGCCGCAGUGAAGCAGCUUUUGGCUCUGAAGGCUGAAUAUAAGCAGGUGACAGGGCAGGACUAUAAACCUGGAGUUCCUCCUGCUACUGCUUCUCCAGCAUCAUCAUCUCCAGCUCAGCUUACUGUUGCUUCCACCCCUGCAGCGUCUGCCCCAUCAGACAGCUCUCCUCAAGCCAUUUAUGACCGUGUCUCGCAACAAGGAGACCUAGUGAGGAAACUGAAAACGGAAAAGGCAUCCAAGGAUCAAGUAGAUGCAGCUGUAAAACAGUUGCUGAGCCUUAAAGCUGAGUACAAACAGCAAACCGGACAGGAGUACAAACCAGGUGCACCUCCUUUAUCUGGUCCCGCCCCUGCACAGUCUAACCCCGCCCCGCCUCAAUCUAGCUCCUCCCAGCCUCAGUCCAGCUCUUCCCCUCAGGCUCAAGCGCUGUUUGCUGAUAUAGCCCAGCAGGGGGAGCAAGUGAGACGACUUAAAACCGAGAAAGCACCUAAGGAGCAGGUCGAUAAAGCAGUGAAGACUCUGCUGGAGCUGAAGGGUCAGUAUAAGGCCCUCACAGGGGAAGAGUACAAGCCUGUGACCACUCCUGGAAAUUCUGGAGGAGAAGACAAGAGCCGCAAAGAGCGGGAGAACAAGUCUGAGAAGCAAGGAGGAGGUGGUGGAGGUGGAGGAGGACGCAAGCAGCAGAAAGGAGGAGAGAAACCUCAACAAGGUCAAGACUCUGGAGCCGGUGGAGCAGGAGAGGGUCAGGGGCCAAAGAAACAGACACGGUUAGGACUGGAGGCAAAGAAAGAGGAGAACCUGGCUGAUUGGUACUCACAGGUGAUCACGAAGGCUGAGAUGAUCGAGUACUACGAUGUCAGCGGCUGUUACGUGUUGAGGCCCUGGUCUUAUUCUAUCUGGGACGCCAUCAAAGAAUUCUUUGACCGAGAGAUCAAGAAGCUGGGUGUGGAGAACUGCUACUUCCCCAUGUUUGUGUCUCAGGCUGCGUUGGAGAAAGAGAAAACGCACAUUGCAGAUUUUGCACCCGAGGUUGCUUGGGUGACGAGAUCAGGGAAGACAGAGCUGGCGGAGCCCAUCGCUGUGCGUCCCACUAGCGAAACCGUGAUGUAUCCUGCUUACGCCAAGUGGGUUCAGUCACACAGAGACCUGCCAAUCAAACUCAACCAGUGGUGCAACGUCGUGCGUUGGGAGUUCAAGCAUCCGCAGCCCUUCCUCAGGACCCGAGAGUUCCUUUGGCAGGAGGGCCACACAGCGUUCGCCACUAAAGAGGAAGCUACAGAGGAGGUGUUGCAAAUUCUGGAUCUGUAUGCUCGGGUGUACGAGGAGCUGAUGGCCAUCCCUGUGGUUAAAGGCAGGAAAACAGAGAAAGAGAAGUUUGCAGGAGGAGACUACACCACCACUGUGGAGGCUUUUAUCUCAGCAAGCGGCAGAGCUAUUCAGGGUGCCACGUCUCAUCACCUGGGCCAGAACUUCUCCAGGAUGUUUGAAAUCGUUUUUGAAGACCCCAAGACACCAGGCGAGAAGCAGCUGGCCUAUCAGAACUCCUGGGGAAUCACCACACGCACCAUAGGAGUCCUGACGAUGGUUCAUGGAGACAACAUGGGCCUGGUGCUGCCACCCAGAGUAGCAUGUCUGCAGGUCAUCAUCAUACCUUGUGGCAUCACAGCCACUUUGCCUGAAGCGGAAAAGGACCUUCUGUUGGCCCAGUGCUCUAAAUAUCUUUCCAGACUUCAGAAGGCUGACAUCAGGGUUAAGGCUGAUCUGCGGGACAACUAUUCACCUGGAUGGAAGUUCAAUCACUGGGAGCUGAAAGGCGUGCCAAUACGGUUCGAGGUCGGCCCAAAGGACUUGAAGCAGGGCCAGUUUGUAGCCGUAAGAAGAGACACAGGAGAGAAGAUCACUGUGAAAGAGGCUGACGCAGAGAAGAAAAUCCCAAACCUUCUGGAGGAGAUCCAGAAUAACCUCUUUAAACGGGCCUCUGAUGAUUUGAACAAACACAUGGUUGUGGCUGACACAAUGGAACAAUUCCAGAAAGAUCUGGACCAAGGGAGAAUCGUUCAGAUUCCCUUCUGUGGAGGCAUUGAAUGUGAGGACUGGAUAAAGAAGACCACCGCCAAGGAUCAAGACCUGGAGCCUGGUGCUCCUUCGAUGGGAGCCAAGAGUCUGUGUAUUCCCUUCAAGCCGUUGAAGAAUCUCCUGGCCGGUCAGAUGUGCGUAUGCGGCAAAGAGCCCGCUCAAUACUACACGCUGUUCGGUCGCAGUUACUAAGCCCACGUCCUCAAACUUAUCAUUAAAUGCACUUGCAGGAUAACUCUAAGACCUCUUUCAUCAUCUCUAGCCACUCAAAAUACUGCUUUUUAAUAUAUUUUAGAGGAAUCCCCUCUAUUUUUCUGGCCACAGGUUUACUAGCUGACAGGUAUGUAGGUCUUGGGCUGCAUUUAGAUGUUUUAUGCAGCCGUGCUAAACCUUUGCACAUCUUUGUCCUAAAUAAAUGUCUGACCGUUGUAAUAAACUAAACAUUAUCUGUAAUAAAGGGAUUCUUCAUUUCUAUUA